AUUUUGAUUUCCGUCAGAACUAUAACACUAAUUGCUUCGAUCCGUAUAACAGGGGAAAUGGCGAAACAUUUUUCUCCUUCCAAAAAAAAUUCUCCAAUGAAGAAUCAGUGGAAUAAAAACAGCAAUCGUAACGUUGGGAAUAAGCAAUUUUCAGGUCAAUUCCUGGAAAUCAACCCGGACGCCAAGUUUCUGGAUGGCGAGCAGGUGGAAGGGAUUCACUUGGUGACGGAUUUUGAUUUAGUCCGUCAGUUGCAAGUUCGUUUUGGCCAAUGCGCAAAUGGACCGACGGACUUUUUCCCGGCCAUGUGGCCGGUCAAUUUGUCAACUGGAAACAUUUCAUCCCUCGAGUCUGAGCCACACGUUGUCACUCCCAAACCUUACGGGACGCGUUAUUUGCUCUAUGUCAAUCCUUCCGGUGAGAUGUUCUUGGAAAACAUGACGCAACACAUCUUCCGCAUCGAUGACGAUCACGCAAUUCAAAUGAUUUCUUCGGAUGGGCAAUCCAUCACCGACGUCAUCCUGGACGGCGUCGUCACCCGAGUGUCGGAAAAGCAUCCGGAUGCCGGAAGGCUGACAUUUGUCAUUAUGGAUGCCACCCUGUGUCGAGGAGUUGGUUUGACGCACAUGGGCAUCUCCCAGCGAAUCGCUUUUGUCAAAGACGCGAUCGUGACGCCCAGACUAGAAGCUUUGAAGAACGGGACAAUUAAAAGCGACGGAGAAGCUUUUAAUCUGGACAUUGUCGAGUGUAAGGAAAGCUACGAAGCGGAGAAAUUCCUGUCUGAAGAAUUUCGUGAUGUUCUGUUCAAAUAUUCCCUUCUCUCAAUUCUAUUCAUUCCUAGAGAUAAGCGGUACACUUGCGGGACCUGUUAUGACGUCUUUCAGUGGAAGGAGAAUGACGUUUGCCGGGCUGUUUUUCGAAAGAAAAUACCAGAAGGAAGCAGCGCCACGGCUGAAUUCGCCGAGUUGCAUGUUGUGGGCCCUGGAGGAAUGGAUAUGAAAUUCGCUUCGAUCAAACUGACGGACGAGAUUCGUGAACUGAACGACCGCAUCAUCGAUUGUUACUACGUCGAUAACCAGUGGGUUUUCAAAAAAUUGCGCAACGAUCGUCAACAUCCCAACGGGAGAAUAGCUGUUACAAACACAUUAGAAGUGUUUAAAAAUCCGGUGACGCGCUCUCGUUUGCUGACAUCGUUGGACAUUGCAAGACGACGUCUUUUAUAAGUCUGAAUCUUUCAAAUUUAUAUUAUGGGCUGAUAUGUGAUGCUCGGUGAUUAAAUUGCUGUUGAAAGUUAAAUGUGUGCACGAUACAUGUUUUGCUAGUAUACACAUAUUUUUAUCACAAAGAAA